AUGGCCAAGAAGAGCAAGAAGACUACGGGGGACUCUAUGGCCCAGAAGCUGCAGUUAGUUAUGCGUUCAGGCAAGUGUGUCCUGGGCUACAAGCAGACGCUCCGCUCCUUGCGUAGCCGUAAGGCCAAGCUGGUCAUUGUUGCCAACAACUGCUCCGCCCUUCGCCGCGCGGAACUGGAAUACUAUUCCGUCAUUGCCCGGUGCGGCGUGCACGGCUACGCCGGCAACAAUAUCGAGCUCGGCACUGCUUGCGGUAAGAUGUUCCGCGUCGGUACCCUCGCAGUCACCGACCCCGGCGACUCCGACAUCAUUCGCAGUCUCUAA